AUGAUCUUUAUGAAUUUCACAGUUGUGCAGGUAACAGUAACUGCAGGGUCAUCCUUGCACUUGAAGUUGUUGGAUGGAGGAAAUCAUUCAGUGGUGUCUGAAUAUGUGUUGCUGGGACUCACCAGUUCUUGGGAGAUUCAGAUUCUCCUUUUUCUGUUCUUCACGACAUUUUAUGUAGCAAGUAUGCUGGGAAACCUUCUCAUUGUGCUCACGAUCAUCUCAGACCGUCACCUACACUCCCCAAUGUACUUCUUGCUGGCCAAUCUCUCCUUCAUCCAUACAGGCGUGUCCAGCAUCGCCACUCCAAAGAUGAUUUACGACCUCUUCAGAAAACACAGAGCCAUCUCCUUGAAAGGCUGCAUCACACAGAUGUUCUUCAUUCACACCGUGGGAGGGACAGAGAUGGUGCUGCUGACCGUCAUGGCCUACGACCGCUACGUGGCCAUCUGCAAGCCCCUCCACUACCUGACCAGCAUGAGCCUGAGAAUGUGCACUUCUCUCCUGGCUGUGGCCUGGACCAUUGGACUCAUCCACUCUGUGGUCCAGCUGGCUUUUGUUGUAAACUUGCCCUUUUGUGGAACCAACAAAAUGGAUAGCUUUUACUGUGAUUUUCCUCGGUUCAUCAAACUCGCGUGUGCAGACACUUACAGUCUGGAGUUUCUGGUCGCUGCCAACAGUGGGUUCAUCUCCACCGGCACCUUCUUCAUCCUGAUCGUGUCUUACGUCUUCAUCCUGGUUACGGUUCGUAAACACGCUUCGGGUGGUUCAGCCAGGGCCCUCUCCACUCUCUCAGCUCACAUCACUGUGGUGGUCUUUUUCUUCGGUCCUUGCAUCAUUGUCUAUGUGUGGCCCUUCCCUGCCUUACCCAUAGAUAAAUUUUUAGCUAUAUUUGAUGUUCUUAUCACUCCUUUUAUGAAUCCUAUCAUCUAUACCUUUAGAAAUAAGGAGAUGAAAGUGGCAAUGAGGAGACUCUAUUUUAAGGCUUUAACAAGCUUUAGGAAGAGGAUUUUUACACAAAGACCUCUGGGUUCAUAUUGGCAAUUCUUGGAAAGCAAGAAGGGGGUAAUCAUCAAACUUUCAACAUCAUCUGGUUCAGGGGAAAAUGAGAUCUUGGGAGGAACGGAGUGUGGCCUGCUCUCCGGGCCCUCGGGGCCCUCCGGCCUCCUUCCAGCGGGUGAGCUGGGGGGCCGGGGACAGGUCGUGGCCUCUUCCCUGCAGACAUCCGGAGCUCCCGCUGCGACUGCCCACUGGCUGGCCCUGCCUGUGAAGGACCUGCGAGCCUCUUCCCCUGGCUGGAUGACCUGA